AUGGAAUGCUCUCACAAGAUUAAAAAGCUCAACCAAGAAAUUGCUUUGUACCAUAAAGAACUUAUAAGGGUUCUUGAUAAAAUUGAGCUUGAAACCUUGCCUGUAACUUUUAUGUAGAGUCCAUCAAAAGUUGCUGUAGAAUUGACUUCUUUCGAAGAAAUUACUAAUUUAACCUACAAGCUCUAUGAAAAAGAUAGAGCGCUGUAUAAGGUUUAUAGAGAAAAACAGAAAAGUAAGCCGAAAAUUAAGCUUAUUAGUGAUUUAAAAGGAGAUUUAAUGAAAUUGAAAAGAGAAAUCGUUGAAAAUAAUAAACUUGUAACGAAAGAAAUCAAAAAAGUCAGCUUAAUUGUUAAAGAAUAUAGAGAAAGAUGCAAAUUGGAAUUUACCCAGUUUUUGAAAGGAUUGGAUAUUGAGCUCAGAAAGGCUUUGAAACCUUUGGUUCCUAAUGAAGUUUUAAAUGAGCAAAUCAAAUAUAAGCCUAUCAAUGAGGAUUGGAAUGGAUUAGAUUCAUUGAAUUCCACUAUGCAUAAUGAGCCUGCUCCUGGAGAUUCAACAGAGGAUAAACUGAAUAAUCAUAUUCAGCUUUUAGUUAACACCCUUGAAGGGGUAGCUAAAAGUUUGAUAGAAGUUACAACAGAAGUUGAUAAAAAAUACUAUGAAAUAGUAGACCCAAGUCAGCUGAACUCAGAUCCGCCUUCACCAUUGGCAGCUCCGCUGCCAGAAUACUUUAGCUUUGAUUUAGGAAGGCUUUCUGACGAGACAAGAGAAUCCAGGCUCAGCUUAUUAAACGAAAAAACCAAGAAAAAAAUAAUAAAAAGGAUCAAUGAAAUGGAAGUCUCCAAAAAUGGCUGCUUAAGCCCAAGAUUGGCUCGGAGGAUAAAGCGAAGACUCGAAACCUUGAUCCACAAGCGAGUCAACCAAUUAGAACUCUUAGACCUCUUCAAAGAAGAAGGAGUCCCAAUCAGCAAGCGUGAGCAGCUUGUAUUUGAUAUUAUUAACUCUGCGAGAGAUGGCAGCAAACAUGUAACACUUAAUGAUCUGAUGGGAAUUACAGAUGAAGCCAAAAAUAAAAAAGAAAUAAAAAGAAAGCCCAGCAGCUUUGAAGUCUCAGAUAAUGAUUAUUCACAAAUUAUGAAAAAAAUCGAAGGAAGAGAACUGGAAUAUGAGGUGGAAGGAAAUGACUCUUUGCAGAGCUCUAUAGAUGAUAGGCUUAUUAAAAGCCCAUCUCCUUCACCACCAAGGAUAAACAGAGGAAUUAAAAGAAUUCCAGCCUCUGAUAAACAUUUGAAAUAUCUACCAGAAGUAUCUGUUUCACAUGAAGAUGUGAGUGUAUUGCUUGAUGCACGCAAACAGCAAAAAGAUGUCAGAGUCAGAUCUUUUACCCCAGGCAAGCCUAAGGUUGAAGAUAAAAGAGUGCAGCCCAAAAGGUCAAAGACGCCUGCACUCCGGAAAAAGAGACUGAUAUAA